AUGCAUUCCGUUGUGGAUCAAUUCCUCACCACAAAAAUCGAAGACGCAGAAGUGUGCACGUCCAUUUUCUACAACAAUCCGGAUCUAUCGUGCGGUGUCUCACGCAAACUCAUACAUCACUUCUUUCGCUGUCUACAAUCGAACGAACCCCAUCCGUACUGGAUACGGCUAUUCAUUGUCAUCCUGUCCAGCCAGACCAGACCGAAACGUGCAUUGCAAGACCUAAUCGCCGGUGAGCUCUACUCAAUGCACGGAACUACGCUCAAUCAGCUGUUUUGUGCAACCACAAUCGUGGACUGUUUGGACCAGGUAGAAUUAGACAAAGAUGAUCUCCAGAUGGAUGACAGGACUAAACAACUCAAACUAAACACGCACCUAGAACUAAUUCGUCUGGUUAGUUUGACCGCUGCGGGUCGGAAUGGUUUGGCCCAGACGGAGGCACGAAACCGGUUGCGGUUAGCUGAUUUGGUGCGAUUGGUCAUGCAUCCGACUUUCCGACGUCUCAACACUGCUCGAUCAUCAGCCAUUCAGAACACACUGUUUCAUCUGCGAUGCGCUUAUGUGGCCUAUUUGGAUAUCGUGUUUGUCGACACGGAAAAUCCCAGUAGCCAGUUAUAUAUUCCCGGUAGCUUAAUGUGGCAAUUCUGGAGUCAAAUUGAUAAGGAACUGGAACAGGUAAGCCCCUUCACUGUUUGGCUUUUUAUGGCUUUGAUAGAUUAUUUCAACAGCUUCGUUAUUUUAAGGACGAACAUGUGUAGCAUUGCUUAUUGUUUCUUUUCAAGUGACUUCGUCGUCGUUCAGUUAAAAAAAACCGCGGAUUUCCCCUUGAAUUGGACAUGGCUUAUUCGUCUAUCGAUCACGUGA